CCAUUGAGACUGACCAUCGUUUUAAACCAUCCUUUAAUAGGGCACUCGCGGUCGCACCACUUUGAAUUUAAUUAAAGCAACAAUCAAUCCCUUAGCCAACACGACUGCGCGCUUCUCGCCUCGAGGUGAUGACAAGAAGAUGGCUCAAGAAGGCGCGUGGAGUGUCAAGGGACCGGAAGUGAGCGGUUGGGAACUGUAACACGAGCGUCGGAUACUGUCUUCUUCUCAACUCUAAAUUCUACCGAUCGAUCUGCAUCCUUGGUAUCGAAUAUUGGAAAGAUUUCCGUUAAGCAGAAUAAGCCCUGUUAACUAAAGAGGUCACAAGGCAGUCACAAGCAGCAUCUGCACUUCCUGCUGAAAUCAAUAUUACCAGUUCCGACUUUGGGGUCGACGAUAUUUGGUGUCUGUAACAGCCCUUUCUUUGAAGAACUUUGAGGCCCAGGCUAGGAUCGCAGUGUUAAAAUGGUGGUUUCUAGUGAGGUUUUUGGCCAAACAGAAUCAGGAAAGGAUGUUUGGAGAUACACUAUCAAAAACAAACAUGGAUUGGAACUGGAAGUGAUCUCGUUCGGAGCGACUUUCGUUGCAUUAAGAUGCCCUGAUAGGAAUGGAAAGAUGGAUGAUGUUGUCAUGGGUUAUGAUAAGCUGGAGGAUUAUCUCAGUAACCCCCAUUACCUCGGAUCUACAGUUGGAAGAGUUGCCAACAGGAUUGCAAAUGCAAAGUUCUCCCUUGAUGACAGAGAAUACAAGUUAGCCGUCAACAAUCCUCCAAAUACUCUACAUGGAGGAUGGGUUGGAUUCAACAAGUAUAACUGGAAGAGUGAAGUGAAGGGAGAAAAUAAAGUUAAGUUUGUUCACCAAAGCCCAGAUGGGGAUGAAAAUUUUCCUGGAGAUGUAACAGUAAGGUUGACAUUCUCAUUUACUGAUCACAAUGAAGUCAAACUCAACUACAAGGCAACAGCCAAGGCUCCCACCAUCGUCAAUCUCACCAACCAUGGCUACUUUAACUUGGCUGGUCAGGUUGAUCAUGAUGUUUUGGAUCACAUAGCUCAGAUACACGCAAAGCAUUAUUUACCCCUAAAUGAUGUGCAGAUUCCUACAGGUGAAGAGUGCUCUGUGUCAAGCCCAAAUGAUACCUUUGACUUCACCAAACCUAAACCAGUCGGAAAGGAUAUUCAUAAAAUAGAUGGCUAUGAUCACAACUACUGCGUCAAAGGAAAAAAGGAAUGCUGUGCUGAAGUAUACCAUCCUAGCAGUGGGCGUGUUCUUAAAAUGUUCACCGAUCAGCCUGGAGUUCAGUUUUACACUGCCAAUGGAUUUGAUGGAGUUGUUGGCAAGGGAGGUGUUCUUUACCAUAAGUUUGGUGCAUUCUGCUUAGAAGCACAGAAUUACCCUGAUGCUGUUAACCAAACUAACUUCCCAAGUCCAGUUCUUCGGCCAGGAGAAACUUACAAACAGAAAACAGUCUACAAAUUUGACGUCAAGGAGUAGCAACAAGCCCUGUCAAAUUAGAUUACAUUAACAUAUUAUUACUUUUAAGUGUGGCCUAUUAAAAUAACUCUUUGGCCAAAGCCAUAGGAAAGUAAGGGAUAGGCUCAAAUAAGCAGGGGCCAAAACAAUUACCUGGAAUUUUUUUUGGCUUGCUCAAAGCCUCAAAUCUAAUAGGUGAAGUGGUAAAUGUGUAAUUUCUCUUUAAGAGGUCCCUGAGUGGUGGGUGGUCAUUAGUGUUUGAUUGUGGUAGCAAGAAGUAGGAGCCACAAUUUAAGGUUUGUUUGUGUAAGAUCAACAGAUCAGUAGUGCUUCUUUUAAAUUAAAGUACCCUUGGCUACUAGAUAAACUAAGGUAUUUACAAGUGCAAGGUCCAUAGGUUGCAAAAACAAAAUUCAGAAUCAGACACAGUCAAUACUCAGAGCCAGACAUAGUCAAUACUCUUCAAUAAUGUUCUGUUAUUCAAGAGAUUUUUAUUCAAUAAAAAAAACAUUGUAUUGAA